GCCUUGGACUUGAACCAUGGACAUCAGCACAAUCUGAGCCAGAAUGCUAGUACUAGUGGCGCCUCACCUGUGCUCCGUGGAAAAUUGGGGAUGGUCGAAUAUGCGAGCUCGACUUUAUGCUCCGCGUCGAUAGUGUCGACAAGACCACCAAGCCCAGAACCGCACACGAUAGCGACCUUUGGCUUCUGAAGUGCUUCCGGGAGUUUUGAGCGUACAUAGUCAGCUGUUUCCGAAGCGCGGGCAUAGGCGUUGGGCGCAGCAAGGUUGUCCAUCGUUUCUGCCAUAUUGAUAUCUCUUUCCCAACACGAAGAGAGAUCGAAGGAGGAAGAAAGGAUUUAAUUAUGCGAUCUAAAAUUUACCAGGCCAUGUGCGGCAGGAGGGGUGAUGUUGACUUUGUCUUGGCACGGUGCUCUCCGAGGCAGCGCGUUCUGCCGGGCGGUGGGCCUUUGCGGCCUAGCGCCAAUGUUUUGCUUCACUCAGCGAUGCUACACGCGACGAGCACCAAUCCAUCAGCAAUGGCGGCUCCGCGUUCUCUGCGGCCAUUUCUGGCCCCGGCGAAGAGGAUAAAGAUCACACCCCCUAGAUCGUCCGCCCAGACUUUUCUACGAUGCAAGAGCAAGCGCGCAGAAGACCGAGACGAUGACCGCGAGUGGCGGACAAAGCCUGACGAAAAUGACGGUGCCGAUGUUGAUAUUUUCGCCGAGAUGGAGAAGGGUGAGAUGCCCUUCGAGCAGCGGUUAGAGCAUAUGGGCAUCGACGCGGCAGAGUACAAGGCGCUCAAGACCAGCUCGAAGGCGGCUGAGGAAAAGCUCAACAGGUGGACGCCCAAAUCCAAGGAAGACGCACAGAGAAAAUGGAAGCGGAUGGUCAACGCGCCAGAGGACAACACGCUCUUGGAGAUGUUCAAGAGAGAGGGCGUCGAUGUGCUUGCGGAGGGAAAAGCUCGUGAACUGAGGCUUCCCACCGACAAGGAUCCGCUCGACCCGAAGACACAGGAGGCUCUCGAUGCGCUGAGGACCCCCGUCAACGUCCAAGCCGUCCACCUUCGCCCUCUCCGCCGUGCCCCCACCCACGGUGUUCCCGUAUGCGACCUCCAGCUCCGCACCUACUCCAUCCGAAACCUUCUCCUCUUCGCCGACUUCGCCGUCCGCGCAGCCUACUACAUGGGUCUGUGUGCACGAGGCCCCAUCCCCCUCCCUCGCAUCACAGAACGCUGGACCGUACCACGUGCCAACUUCAUCUUCAAGAAGUCGCAAGAGAACUUCGAGCGUAUCACCAUGCGACGACUCAUCCAGAUCCAGGAUGGUCAUCCCGACGUAGUGAAGGCGUGGCUUGCAUUUCUGCAGAAACACCAGUACUAUGGCGUCGGUAUGAAAGCGAACAUCUGGGAGUUUGAGAGCCUGGAGGCUGCGACACGGGCAGGAUACAACCUCGAUGCCGAUGACCACAGCAGGAGGAGAGAGGGCCCGAUGAUCGAGAAGGUCAAGGAGAUCUUGAGCACGCCAGCGUACAAGGAGGCGUUGGCGGACUACACGAUGCCAAAUUCUAUAGAAUUGAGGCCCGGAGGAUACAAAGUGCCGAAGGAGAUUAUGGGGAGAAAAGCGAGAAAAGCAGCAAACAAAGCCAACCGGGCGGAAAAACAACUGAACGCCUAAAGAGGCGGUGUUGAUAGAGCGAAGAGCGAUGAUCUGUAAGAUUAUGUGUCUGAGGCUGUCUGAAGAUGCAUGUAUUUCCAUAACGACGCAUUGUAGAGUGGUGUACAUAUACCUUGGUCCAAUAGGGAACGUUCAAAAACGUGUUCAAAAACUU